GUGUAGCUCUCAUCGGGCUGUGUAUGAAUACUGUAGCAGCUAGUGUGCCAGUUAGCUAGCAGAAGUUUUAAACAUAGAACUGAGAUAUUUAAUAAACGUGAGUAAAAUCGUCUCUGCUUGUCGUCGAGUUUUUGCGAAUCACACCUCACUGACACAGCAGCUCAGAACACAAGGACCAUCCAGAUUGUUACCAGCACAAUAUUCAAAAGCCAGCAUCUGUGAUGGUACAGGGGAUGUGUUCGUGCCCAUGGCAUGGAUAACUUGCACAUCUGUGAAGGCACCAUUAAUGCUGAAAGAGAGACAUUGUACAGAGGGAGGAUGGCGAUAAUGACAAUGUGAAAAAAGUAGACAAAGAAAACAGUAUCAAGAAUCCAUGGAAUUGGCGGUGGCUGGAAUUUAAAAUUGGAAAUUAAUAUCUUUAUGAACACAUCCGAAAGAUCAAGGAACCAGGCAAGGCAUACUGCACAUUAUGCCAUCAGGAUGUAAAAUAUGGAUCGGGAGGAAGAACAUGCUUGGUCGAUCAUGUGCAGGGAAAGGAACACGCAGAACUGGUGAAAUUAAAGCUGUCAAAUUACAGAUUACCAGCCAAGAGGAAAUCAUUGUUAUGCUGCAGGGGUGAGGUCUCUAUCUCUGAUUGCCUUGUUCCAUCAUGUAAUGCAGCAAAACAGGACAAACACCAAGGAGGAUGAAUACUUUUGCAAGACACUGUUUCUCUUUCCACGUUCCCACUAUCUCCACUAUGGUGCGUCACAGUAAGCUUCAGAAACAGGUGUUAUCUCUGUAUCGUCAGUUCCUGCGUGCUGGACGGAACAAACCUAGUUUUUUACCCAAAAUACAGGAGGAAUUUCGCAUAAACUCUGCCAUCCAAAAGACAGAUGUGAUGCAUAUAGAAUAUUUGUGUCGACGAGCUCAGAGGCAACUGGAGCAACUUCGAGACGUGAACACCAAACAGCUGGGUUUCUUCAGCAAGACCAAGGAGGACAGCUGAUGGCUAUAAUAAAAAUAUACAUAUAGAUUUAAGAAACUGAUGGACUAAUAAACACUGUACAAUAAAAGUAAUCUUACAAA